AUGACCUCUCAUGAGCUUGGCAUGAUUAUCUCAGCCCCUUAUCACAGUCAGAAACGAGACAAUACUGUUUCGACAUAUGACCAUAAGACAGGAGUCUCAGCCUUUGGUGCUGUCUACUCCAAGUAUCGCAAAAUGGUCAUCAUUGAGUGUCAGGCGGACCAUGUCAUCUACUUGCUCAUCUACAGUUACAACGGCUUUGUCACCAGAAACAUGUCCGAACCUAUAAUCGAAUCCACAGCCCCCGGGGGAUAUACAUGCGAAUUGUGCCGAUUAUUCUUCUACAUUGGGACAAUACCCAAUGACUGGGAAUAA